AUGGAGAAGGACAAAGCUUUCAAGAUCAAUGUUCAACUUGGGUACACGCUUAUUGAUCGGGUAACGGGCCUUGAACGUUACUACUAUCCUGCAUUGAAACGAUAG